GACACCAAUUUGGCCAAGAGGACCAUAUUCAUACCCACAUGUGAGAGAGAGAGAGAGAGAGAUCUCCGAUUUUCUCAGUAACAAAGAUCUCAGCUUUCUUGUUUGUUCGUCGCCGGAGCAUGUCGGAAAAUGCGACGCGACAACCUCCGGUGAAGUCGAAUUUCGCCCGGAGAUGUAAUUUGCUGAGUCAGUAUUUGAAAAAGAAUGGAAAUUUCGGGGGCAUAGAUCUCGGGUUGACCCGGAAGCCCGAUUCUGAUAUCGGGUUCACCGGAAAACUCGAUCCCGCCGGUCAACAAAAUGAGACGCCGAAGUCGGAAGCUCCGGAGAUUAAACCCACCGGCUUCAUUCAGAAGCUUUGUGGCGCCGUUCCCUCUGAUUCGUCCGGAGGCGAAGCCAAAGACGCCAACGUCAGUGAACCGGAACCGGCAAAUUCCCAGUUGACCAUAUUCUUCGGCGGGAAAGUCGUAGUUUUCAACAAGCUCCCCACCGACAAAGCCAAGGAGAUAAUGGAGAUCGCCAAACAAGCGAAUCCCGUGAAGUUUCCGGCCGUUGUUGCGGUCGGUCCUGAGCCAGUGGCCGAGGAUAACACUAAGAACAACCUCAAAGGCGACAACAGCAACAGCGACAGCGAACUGGUUAUUCCAGAUCUGAACGAGCCAACCAGUUCGGGGAACGGCAACAAUCAACAGCCGGUGGAAAGAAUAGCGUGGAGAGCCUCGCUUCAUCGGUUCUUCGCUAAACGUAAAGACAGGGUCGUGGCCAGAGCUCCAUAUCAGGUGAUAGCGAGUCCGUCGUUAGAUCGAGGCCAUUCAUCAGCACGCGCAAAUGGACGUAAAGAUAGAUCCUUUGAGAAGGAGGAUCAAGGACGAGAAGAGAGGUGGUGUUUGAAAGAUCUAGAGCUGCGGCUAUAGAGGAGGGGGCACUUUAGUUUGCUUUAGGCUUUAAAAGAUCUUAUUUUGGUGUUUGUAUUAUGAUAAUAAUUACAUCAUCAAGCCAAACUUGGACAGUUCCCUCUUCCUCUAUAGCCGCAGCUCUAGAGGAGCGACAAAACAGGAGACAAAACGUCUGUUCCGUUCCGUUCCGAACUGAAAUAUCAAAUUUAGGAAAACAACAUAUAUUUUAAAUCACAUGAUGUCUUGAGAAGUUUGAAUAUCGAUUCAGAAUAUCCGAUUAACCAAAACAAAUAAUUAUAUUCAUCUA